GCAUCGGCCAACUGAGAUCCUCAAACCUCCCUCAAGAAAACAAUGCCGACACACUUGUCGAAGACUCGCAAGCACCGUGGACACGUCUCGGCUGGUCAUGGACGUGUAGGAAAGCACCGCAAGCAUCCCGGAGGUCGUGGUUUGGCUGGUGGUGCUCAUCACCACAGGACGAACUUUGACAAAUACCAUCCUGGUUACUUUGGUAAGGUUGGUAUGCGCCACUACCACCUCACGCGCAAUCAGUUCUGGCGUCCAAUCAUCAAUGUCGAUAAGCUGUGGAGUUUGGUCCCUGCUGAGGAGAAGAAGGGCUUGACAGAGGACUCGGAGGUGGUUCCCGUCAUUGACACCCUGCGACAUGGCUACGGCAAGGUCUUGGGCAACGGACAGCUGCCCAAGCUGCCAUUCAUCGUAAAAGCCCGCUUUGUGUCAGCAAUUGCAGAGCGAAAAAUCAAAGAGGCCGGUGGUGUCGUCUCAUUGAUAGCAUGAGCCUCUGUACUCUUUCAUUUCUGCUAUUCUAUGUCCUAUAUCCGUGACAUGAAUUAAGGCCAUGCAUCCGAUGAAUAUGUGUUCCAGAUGAGCCCAGGUCGCGGCAUCAUUCAAUCUCACUCGUGGUAUACAUC